CAAAUUCCCAUCACAUUUCCCAUUGUUUUUUCGUUUCCAUUCCUGCUAUAAAUUGGUAAUGGCGAAUGAAAUCAGAUGAAAAGGAAAUUAUUUGAUGAAUUUCUUUCAGGAAUAAAUUAUAUAAGCUCUCAGUUUAAAAAAUGGAGAAUUUGUACGACAAUUUGGAAAACUAUGAGGAUGAAAACAUUGUCGCAGAAUUGAGAAGAGAAAAUGCUGAAUUGAAAUGCAAGCUUGAGGAAUAUUCUGAAACUCUUGACAAACUGCAAAAAAAUAUUUUGCAGGAUUUUGAUAAAGUUUCAGCAGAAUUUAAGAAAUUAGAAAUUAAUUAUUCAUCACUGUUAAAAACUGCUAAGCAAGAGAUAGAAAGAAAAACACAAAUUAUCACAAAACUGAACAUUGAGAAGGACAUGAUGGUUUUGAAUGCAAUACAAAAUAAAAACAUGCCAAGAAGGAUUAUAAAUAGAAAUCAAAACAGUGAAUUAGAAAAAGCAAAACAAACAAAUAUCGAGAGAUCAAAGACUAAUGAUAUACAUAAUAAUGAAAGAAACAAACAAAAACAUUUAUCUUCUGAAGAAACAACUACUAGUGCUAGUACAGAUAAUAUAAAGGAUUGUGUGAGCAAAAAUUUGGAUAGAUUAAGCAGUACAUGUCAGAAUGAAAAAAAAGAGAAUAUUGCAAAAGAAGAUAUUGUUAAACCUAAACCUUUAAGUAUAAGCAACAGGCGAAAGUCUAUGCCGGCUCUAAGGGCAGAGGCUAAAUUUAGUUCUGAUGAAGAUGAUGAAGAUCGAGAUUAUUGUACUACUAGUUCAAAGUUUCACAAAUCUAACCAUGACUUAAAACCACCGUAUGUGACGAAAACGUUUCACGAUAAGAAUAGAUUGCUAGAUGAUAGGUAUAGAACAUCUGAAACAUCCAGCAUGGAUGAUAAAUAUUCAAGCUAUCAUAAAUACAAUAAGGAUUUCAGAAACAGAAAUAGCAGAUACGAUAGUUAUAAAAAUAGAAAUAGAGAGCCACAAAAGUAUAAGAGACAUUUUAGUCCAGAGAAAUCUCGAAGAAACACCAGAAACUACUUGGACGAUCACAAUUCAAGGCAAGAAUUUAAGAGACAUAGAGUCUUGGAAAGUCCUUCUCCUGACAGAGGACAUAAUUAUCAACGAUGGAACCGUGAAGUCAGAACAAGGUAUGACACAGAUGAAUAUAAUGAUAAAGACAAGUUCAGAGGCAGGCAUCAAGAAAACUAUGCAGGAAAACACAAGUUGCCAAAUGAUAAUGAAGAACCAAUGAAUAAGAGAAGACGCAAUGACUCUUAUCACAAUCGCGAAGAAGAAAAAAGGUGGAUCGAAGAUAGAGUUCCCAUACAAACUUCUGUUUCAGUGGAACAAAUAAAUCAGAUGGAUUGUCAGUCUCCUGAUUAUCCAGUGAUACCAGAAUCUGCGUCAACACAACCCGUCAGAGAAAUAAGAUACACAGCUGUAAUGAAAUUAGAAGAUCCAAGACUUCUCAGUAAAAGGUAUAUCAUGUGUCAAGGUGACAAAAAUUUAUCAGCAAUUACUGGAAGAAAUAUUGAUUUCAAGGCAAUUGACACUUCAUGUUGGAAUAUGGAACGUGUAGAAUUACCUAAAGCACUCACACGGCGGCCAUCGCAGUGUAGUGAAGACCUAGUCCAAAACAUAUACAUGGAUAUCGAGAAUCCCGUUUCAAAUUUGUCAAUGGAAUCUGGCGAAAUAGGAAGUUUUGAUAGGGAUGAGUUAGAAACAUUUGAUACAGCACAGCCAUUCCAUCAUAAACUUUACAACUAUGAUCAUGCUUCUUUGAAAAAUACAGCAUCCGAAACAGCAUCGGAAAAAAUACCCACACUAAAGGAAGAUAGUAAAUAUAAAAUGUCGAAGUUAAAUCAACUUGAAAAGAACCAGGUUUCUGUGGACAAACCCAAAGAUGACUUUAAUCAACUAAAAGAGAAAAAUAUUGUCAGUAUGGAAAUGAAUAGGUGCAAUAUACCUGAAGAAAAACGUGAAUAUCUUACUAAAAAUGUACACGAAAGAAAAAUAUUUGACAAAAAAGAUCCAAACAGCCUUGAUAGAUUAGAUGACACUGACAAUUUAAAUACAAAAAAAAUUGAACAACAUGAUUUAAAAUCAACAGGGAAACACACUGUAGAAGGGGAUUUAGAGUUAAGUGAUGAAACUAAUGACAAUGACGUUCAGAAGAAGCUUAUCACUGAAAUUGAUAUUAGAACUGUUAAAGAUGUAACCACAGAAAAUGAAUUUAUGAGUGAAAAUCAUUCCACCGAAGCGAAUAAAGGGAGUGGAGUACUUGAUUUGCAAGCAAAUCCUAAGUCUAUAAAUGAGGAUACUAAGAAAUCCAAAAGCAAACGAAAAUCCCAAAAAAGUUUAAAUAAAGAGAUUUCUAAAAAAGAUGAUGCUGUAGUAAUCAGAGAAAAACGAACAAGAUCUAAAAAGGAUAAGAAAGAAGUAAAAGAAAUAAAGACUAAAUUUAGUGAGUUGUUUGGUGAUACAACCAGCAGUUUAAUAACACCAGAUGACUUAGGAUUACCAACUGUAGAAACUCAAAGCCAAACAGUGCAAUACAUACCCAUUUGUGAAGACGCUCAAGAUGCGGUUUUGCAGAAGCCGAUUGACAUACCAAACAAAAAAGACACCAUAACAACUAAUGAUGCGAACAACAUAGAAUGUGAAGGAAACAUUGGUGUAAAAUUACCAGAAAAAUGUAUAAGUGGCAAACCUAAUAAUAUUAAGAAAAAGAAAUCAAAGAAAAAAGAAACAGAAAAAACUGUUUCCUCCAAUCAAACGGAAACUGAUCCUAAACCCACUUGUGAUAAGUCUUCUGGAGAAGUGAAAAAAGAUACUUCCGAAUAUCAGAAUCAUGAAUAUAAUGUGGAUGAAGCUCACAAAACUAAUAAUCUUCAAAAUGUUUUAUUACAGAAGCCAGACCUAUUAUUAAAAGCUUUAGCGACCUCUACCCCACAGAAAGAAAUCAAAGAAAACCCAGUUGUUUUGCCCAUAGUAAUUACAGGUAAUUCAACGUCCAAUCCUGACUGCGUUAGCAACUACUUGCAUAAUAUAGUUGUAAGUAUUGACGAUAAUAAUACAGGUACAGAUCAGACUUCAAAUAAUGAAACAUUGGACUCUCAAACCGAAGUAGAUGCACCUGAUGUUAGAAUAUUUGUGAAGAGAAGAAGAAAAGUUAUGAGAAAAUCUAAACCGUCAUAAAGUAAAGUAAUUGACUGCUGAUUAUUAUAUAAAAGAUGUGUAUAUAUGUAUAGUAUAGGUAGUUAACCUAUCUAAGUAUUACGAUAAUUAGUUAUUUUGAUGAUUUUUGUUGUGUUCUGAUGACUGUUACUUAGAACAAGAUUAUGAACUAUAAUGUUUAGAGAUUAGAUUUUUAUUUUAUUAACAAAAAAAUAUGUGGCACUUCUUAAUAGAUUUUUCACAGAAUUACCAAAACUGAAAGUUUGAAGAGUAGUAUAGUUUGUAUCGGAUGAUUAUUUAUUUAAUAAAAUACUUUUAAGU